AGUUGGUUUCCGGCAUCGCCUCAAUAGGAACUAAACCUGGAAGUGUUUGUUUACGCUGCCAAAUAAGUAUGCGGGAAAUUCUGCACAUACAGUGUGGUCAGUGUGGAAAUCAAAUUGGCAGCAAGUUCUGGGAAACGAUAUCUGAAGAGCAUGGCAUAGACUCCAAUGGUGUCUACGUCGGUAACUCCGACCUGCAGCUGGAGCGCAUCACUGUUUACUACAAUGAGGCCUCAGCUGGGAGCCAAUCGUGCAGCAGCAGGUACGUGCCGAGAGCCAUUAUGCUGGACCUGGAGCCUGGUACAAUGGAAGCGGUACGCUGCGGGCCCUACGGACAGCUCUUCCGGCCUGACAACUUUGUGUACGGUCAUGGCGGCGCCGGCAAUAACUGGGCCAAAGGCCACUACACCGACGGCGCCGACCGCGUGGACUCGGUACUCGACGUGGUGCGUAAGGAGGCAGAGAGCUGUGACUGCAUCCAGGGAUUCCAGCUGACUCACUCCUUGGGAGGUGGCACGGGGUCCGGCAUGGGAACACUUCUCAUCUCGAAGAUCAGGGAAGAAUAUCCAGACCGCAUCAUAAAAACAUACUCGGUGCUGCCGUCGCCAAAGGUGUCGGACACGGUGGUGGAACCGUACAACGCUACAUUAUCAGUCAAUAGGCUGGUGGAGAUUACAGACCAGACUUAUUGCAUAGACAAUGAGGCACUGUACAACAUAUGCUUCCAGACGCUGAAGGUGCCUAAUCCCAGCUAUAGCGACCUCAACCACCUCGUCUCACUCACAAUGUCAGGAGUCACAACGUGUCUCAGGUUCCCUGGGCAGCUGAAUGCGGACCUGCGUAAGCUUGCUGUGAACAUGGUUCCUUUCCCGCGUCUGCACUUCUUCAUGCCGGGCUUCGCUCCGCUUACAUCACGCGGUUCACAGCAAUACCGCGCGCUCACCGUGGCGGAGCUCACACAGCAAAUGUUUGACGCCAAGAACAUGAUGGCCGCCUGUGAUCCAAAGCACGGGCGAUACCUCACCGUUGCCGCGAUCUUCCGCGGCCGCAUGUCCGUGAAGGAGGUGGACGAGCAGAUUCUGAGCAUGCAGAACAAGAACAGCAACUACUUCGCUGAGUGGAUCCCUAACAACGUGAAGACGGCCGUGUGCGACAUUCCGCCCAAGGGCCUCAGCAUGUCCUCUACGUUCAUCGGCAAUACAACGGCCAUACAGGAAUUGUUUCGGCGUAUUUCAGAGCAGUUCGCUUCCAUGUUGCGACGCAAGGCUUUCUUGCAUUGGUACAUAGGCGAAGGCAUGGAUGAGAUGGAAUUUGCAGAGGCAGCCUCCAACGUCGACGACUUGAUCAGCGAGUACCAGCAGUACCAGGAGGCGACUGCAGAAGACGACGACGACCAGGGCGAUGACCAGGACGACGAAGUAGAAGAGGCUGCCGAGGAUAAGGUGGCGGAUGUCUCCGCGUACAGCCUGGAAGACACACGGGUUGUGGGCUAGUCAUAC